CAGCGCGUUGAAGACGUGGAAGAGAUCUCGUGAAAAUGAAUCUCCUGUUUCAAUUAGUUUAUAUAGAUAUUACCGUGGUCUGAGCGCUCAAAAAUGGCGUCAGGAUUGCCGCCGAAUGUCCAUCAAAAGAAGCUUGGACCAGCGCCGAUAGCAUCUUUCGAAGACUUAUCCGAGGAAGUGGAAAACGGAGAAUCGGUGGCAGCGGCAGCGGCAGCGGCAGCGGCAACGGCAGCGGCGACGGCGACGGCGACGACGGGGGUAGCGGUAGGGCGAAUGCCGGGUAUCGUCGAGGUCACCACGCCAGCAACGCCUGGUAGUUCGCUCAAGACGCCUAGCACGCCGCGAAUUGAUAUCAGUAGAGCGAGCAGUUCUUCGCACCAUGAGGACAGUAAUUCCAGGGAUUCGUCGCCUGACCGGGAGCUUCUCGCAGGUGCGGAUCCUCCGUCCGGUUGCAAGCUGACCCUGGGCUACAAGGAAGACGCCCAAGACCUCAGGUCCUCUACGGAGGAACUGGAUUUACAGGAUCCCGUCCAUGAGCAAGAUCUCAAACGGGAGUCCAAAAGGCGAAAGCGGAAGGAGGCCGACGGAUCCCAAUCGGAUUACAGUGGCAAGCAGCUGGGUCAAGAUCGCGAACGCAAGGACAGUAACUGCUCGGAGAUAUGCUUGCUCAACAUUAGCGGUAGAACGUCUAGACUGUCGUCGGUUGGCAGUCAAGGCUCCGGCGUCUCCGGGAAGCUCUCGGUCAUGUCAGUGACUUCCUCCAGAUCCCCGAGUCCUCACAAGUGUCUACUGGAGACGUCGUUCUGCGGAAGCAAGCCGACGCUGGCUGAUAAUCUAAUAGAGCCAUCGAAACCGGAGACCGAUGAUCUCGAGAAGAUACUCUUGAAGCGGGAGGCCGAUACCACGAAGGCAUUGAUUCCCGAGAGUAUUAAAGUGCCUAUGGUAGGUGGCAAUCUGAAGCCGGAUCCGUUGGACAAGCCUAGAAGACGCGGUCGUGAGGAGCGGAAGGAAAUCUUCAAACGGGAAGUGGAAAUCACCAAAAGAUUUCUGGAAAAAGUUAAUAUAGAGGUACCGAUCAUCAAAAAAUCGAGCGAACAACAAGGAUCGGCACCGCGACAACAGCACCAACAACACAAGCAGCAACAGCAACAGCAACAUCAACAACAACAUCAACAUCAGCAGCAGCAGCAGCAGCAGCAGCAGCAAUACCAAUUAACAAAUGUUCAAAUCCAGGAAGUUCAAAAACCCGUGACACUCGAUUUCAACGACAAAAGAAAGAAGACUCAAAACUUUAAGGAGAUUGUGCAGACGACACCUACGACGAGUAGCCUCACCGGAAGUCCGAAAUUACCGAGACAUCAAAAAGUUCGCGAUCUUGAAGGCUCGCGAACGCCCAGUCCGUCGUCCGUAUCCAGAAAAAGUAGCUUUGCCUCGUUGUUUAAGGCUAGAACCGACGGCGGCAGCGUAUUGAGCCCGGAAUCACCGUCACCUAGCACAAAGCCACGACGAAGUCUGACAUCGAAAUUGAAAGACACUACGGAGAGUCUGAGGAGCCGUUCAAAAUCACGCGAGAGAGUCUCUAUAGACAAAGGUUCAAUCAUGAAGAAGGACUCGAAGAAUAAGGGGGUAUUUUCGUCUACACUGAGCUUGUUUAAGAAACGCGAGAGGAAGAAGAGCUACGAUGAAGCAAUUGCGGCCUCGUGUGAUCUCGAAGUCGCCAGUGGGGACGAACAUCCGUCUCUCGAGAGUAUCGGUCACGUGGAGUUUACGUUCAACACGGAGAAAGAAAGGACGCGUCAGGAUGAUUCAAUCUUCAUUAGUCUGCAUGCCGAUGACAGGAACUACGAGGAGGCCUUGCCGUCGGAGAGCGUCUCGAUACCGUUGGAAACGCCGACCAAAUUACUGGACGAGUACGAGUCCGAAGGGCCGCAUAUGGGCAGCAUAAUCACAGAGGUGUCGAUCGAGCACCAUCCGACACCGUCGUCGUCGAUCGCCAAAAUUAGGACUGAAGCGCAGAUCGAAACGCGUACGGCGACGCAGACCGUAUCCAAAAGCUCGUGCAGAGAUAACCGGCCACCGCAAAGCGAGUUGAAAGACUCGCACAUACUGAAAAGUUCCAAGUUGAGAGACUCGAAGAUUAGCGCGCAGGCUAACAAAAUAGUCGAGGCGCUGCCACCACCCAAGUCAUCGAUUACGGUUAAACCAGAUAUUAAAUUGGAGAUUAAAUCGGAAGUUAAAUCGAUAGAUUUGCGAACGUCGUCCAGUGGUUUGUCGAGAGAAUCUACUGGCAAAAAGCUGGACAUAAUAAAGCCAAAGAGAAAAAGCAAAGAGAAUCAGCAGCAGCAGCAGCAGCAGCAGCAGCAGCAGCAGCAGCAGCAGCAGCCAGAAUCACCCGAGAAGAUAAACGAUGAUGUAGGGAUGCAACAGAAAAAGAUAAGCUCGGGAGAGCUUUCUCGAACUGUACAAGAAACUAAAAGACUCGAUCUCCUUGAUGACAAGAUCAGUAAGUCGCUAGAACAGGAAGGUCUGGUAAAAACAUCCAGUGUGAUAUCCGAUUUGGAUCACAAUAGCUCUGAAUCCGAGAAAGAUUCGGAGAUCGAGUUUAUUCGUAAUAAGGUCGAGAAGCUGGCUGAGGAACUACCGGACGAGCGAAAGGGUCUCUUUUACGAGGAGAGCUUCGAGGAGGAUCUUCCAUAUGUACCGACGACUCUGCCAUUGGAGAAGAGCGUCGCUAUACCUAUUUUACCGGUUAAACAACGACUUCAGGAAGUAAGGACGAUCCCAAUCGAGAGACCACGCUCAACGACGCCGAUAAAUCCAACUUUACUCGACGAGUUUGUGAUGCAGACAUCGCUGGACGAGCGGCGCGUGGAACGGAUGAAGAUAUCUCUGCCGCGAGAAGAUAGUUUCAAGCUGAAGAGCCCACGUCGGCAAUACGCCAGUACAGCGAAUACGUUCACUGAAUUUGCGGGCAAGGUGCCGCCGGAUGGCGGCCGCAAAGGCGCUACCAACCAAGGAAAAUCACCUAGUCCACCUCCACUGCCACCGAGAGCAUCAUCAUCAUCGUCAUCAUCGUCAUCAGCAGCAGCAGCAGCAGCAGCAGCAGCAGCAGCAGCAGCAGCUGGAGCAGCAGCAACAACAGCAACAGCAGCGCGGCUGAGCAACUGGAUCAACUUUGAAGAAAUACCGGAGAAGCGAAAGGCACCGAAACGGAUACAGACGAUACCGCGCGGCCCAGAGGACGAGAUUGCAAAGACUAUCAGCGGUGGUUAUAGCUACGUGCAACCGGAAGAGUGCAAGUGCGAGUGCCAUGAGGAGUCUAGGCGGGCGUCUAUGCGAGAGGCAGCGGCGGUGGCAGCGGCUGUCGCCGCUACUGCCACCACCAGCACCAGUACCAGAACCUCCUCUUGCAGCAGCAAUGGCGAGCGACCGUGCAACGGCGAAAAUUGUACGGCGCCGGCCACUGGCGGUAGCUCGGUCGACCGUGCCAGUAUCGUCAGUGACAGCUCGCUGGAGUGUUCGUUGAGCAUCGACGACGGCCAGAGCACGCAGGUGCUUCUCGGCAACUCGACGAAACCCUUCGCAAUGGAUCUCGACGUGCGUUCCAACAGGUCGAGCACCGUAUCGCAGGAGGAAAACGACGAGACUCAGCACCAAUAAUAAUAAUUUUAAUAAUAGCGCACCUCGUAUAGCGCAUCCACGCCUUAGGAUCUUUGGAUUUCCCUCUUUUUCGUACGGAAAGAUGAAUCCGAGUUCCUCCGAUACGAAUCAAAGAGCGAUUUGAUUCCGAAUGAGACGCGCGCCAUCGUUGUUUUCGUCGCAUUUUUUUUUCCUACGAGACAAUUUCUAAAGGGAUUCUAUGCGCGUUUCUCGGUAGAUCGUAGUAGGCGCGCGAUAAAACUUCCGAAAGCACAUCGCUCGCGUCUUCGAAAAAUCGGAUUUCGAGAUGACUUUCGAUCCUCGUGCGUUAUACAUUUGUUUACCCGUAUGACACACGCCAAUCGGACCAUUUUCGCAUACGUGCAUCGGAUUUACAUUACUUUCGCAUGAUACUUGGCACGAAAACUGUUUCUUUUUUUUGUCGUAAUUUUCUUUUGACGGUAGUCGCCCUCGUUAUCGUAAUAUAAGAGAAGGAAAUGGAGAGUAAUGCGUGUAAUGCUCUUCACUGUAUCAAGUUUUUUCCAAGUAUAAAAUUAAGAGCUUUCGGAAAAAAGCUACAUCCUUAUUUUACGAGUUUAAGAGUUUAUCGUACGCAUGCCAUGCACGCAUGCGCAUUGAUACUUUGUUAGAGGUAGACCUAGAGGCACCCCGAGGAUGGUGGCUCGCUAAUGUUUCUACUAAUAUCUACAAAUUUGUCACUAGUUUUCUCUGACGAGAGACACGCGCACCGCCACGAAAUAUCGAUGAAACGUUCGGGUGUCGCUUGUAUCUCACUCUCUUUCUGAAAGAAAGUAUAAAAGGUGUAGAACACACACACACACACACACACACACACACACACACACACACACACACACACACACACACACACACACACGCACGCACACACAUUAUUUUAUCAAUUGUAUAUACAGCGACGAUCGAUGAGGCGAGAUCUCGCGGUGUUCGAGCAAGCUUUCGAAGCUUCAUAUCAUAUAGAUAAGCAUAGAUUUAUAGACACAUAUAUAUUUCCGUGGGCACGUUGAUCUUUUACCGAAGUUACGAAGUUUAUUCAAUGUUGAGCCGGAGUUGAACCGGUACGAUCAUUUACUGAUCGAUUGUUUUUCAAACUUGUACGAUAGCAUUUACAUAAACGAGUCUACAAUGACCGAUAAGUAUAGGUUUCGCGAACGGUCCCCAAUCGCCAAUAUCGUACGCGUUAUAAUUUACGGCGAUUAAUGCUGCAUAAUUAUCCGAAAGUUGGUCGACGUUCAUGCUAAAUGCACGCGAUCGAAACUAUUACUUAAAUAAUAUGUUAUUACUGCAUACGAAUUAAACAGCGCACGCGCGCACGACGUUUUCCAACUACUGUACUAUCUUGUAAAAUGCUCCUACGUGCCAGCGAUUUUUCUACUCGCCACAAUCUUUUUGCAUCUUUAUUUUUAGAUCUGGCUUGGCGAGCCAUCAUUCGCACGAACGUGCUAAUUUCAAAGGGAGCGAUUCUUUGUCAUUAUUCUCCCCUCGGUCGGGAAUUUCAGGAAGCCGAGACGAGAUGCACAUGUUACGUGUGCGUGUUCCAUAAGUCGAGCUCUCAUACGAUAGAGAGAAAGACAAUUCUAUAUUAUCUACCUCUUUAAAAAAAAAAGAAAAGAAAGAAAAAGAACGACAAAAAAUGUACCAAAGAUAAUCGAGUGUGUCUGUGGAGAGUUGUUGCAUCCGCGCUUUGAAAAUCAGCCUGACAACGCGACCAGCUCGGUUUGACUCCUUUUCUCGCGACAAGUUCAAUUUUGUAGGAGAAGAAUGGAAAGGAAAUGGCAUACGUAAUAUUAUAAAAGGAUUAUAAAGUAAUUGCGAAAAGGUAAAAGCAACCUUAUUUCUCAAUGGGCCAAUUCGAAGAUUCGUGAUAAACUGGAAAUUAAAAGCGUUAACUUUUUAAUAGUAUCUGCUUUAUAUUCGUCCUCGGAUCGGAACUAUCUCGUUAAUACAUAUACGGAUGACACGAAUGUAAAAGAUACAAUUUGUUUUUGCCUUCAACAAUUUGUCUGUAUUGCUUUUAAUAUAGUAACACUUCAGGCAAAGUUAAUCUAAUAUCAUAGAGUAGUAUUCAUAGGCCUAGUUUACACCGAUCUCUUGAUACGCGUAUCAAACAGUAUAUUUGAACUAAUCAGCCAAUAAUCAGAUUUAUU